AUGCAGUUUCAGAUUGAGCAAGUUGAAGAACCACUAGCAGGUAAAUUAGAGCUUUACAAUCAACCUAAAAUCCACCGGUUCAGGGAAAACGAUGAGAAGGACAGUUUAAAAGCAGUAGCAUGGGUUGUAACGCCUCCCAUCACAAUCCCGUUGCUCUCGGAAAAAAUGUUCUCCAUCCUCGCCUCUACCGUGUCAUUGCCUUCCACUUUAAUCCUCAAUAUGACGUCGUUUCGUCUUAAACAACAAUCUCCUUUUCCGUUUCCCUGCCGGCGGUUCAAUCCGCCAGUACUCCGAACAGUUUUUCCGGUGAGUUCCAGCGCCUCUGCACCACCCUUCGAUCUCAGAGGUGGCAAAGGAAUGAGUGGGUUCUGUGAUGUCGAACUGAAAGUGCGUGAUUAUGAAUUGGAUCAGUACGGUGUAGUCAACAAUGCAGUUUAUGCAAGUUAUUGUCAGCACGGUCGUCAUGAACUCUUGCAAAACAUUGGUAUUGAUUGUGAUGCAGUGGCUCGCACUGGUGAUGCAUUGGCAUUGUCAGAGCUAUCGCUCAAAUUUCUUGCACCUCUAAGAAGCGGAGACAAAUUUGUUGUAAGGGUUAAAAUUUCUGGCUCUUCAGCUGCUCGUUUAUACUUUGAUCACCUCAUCUAUAAGCUGCCAGACCAAGAGCCUAUUUUGGAAGCCAAGGCCACUGCGGUGUGGCUUGACAAAAACUAUCGUCCUGUACGAAUUCCAGCGGACAUGAAGUCUAAAUUGGUAAAGUAUAUUCGCGUUGAGGAUUCUUGA